AUGGGGCCGGACGCGCGGGAACGCGCGGGGACGCUGAGAGCCGGGAGCCGCGUCCGCGCCCGCGGGAGGCGCCAAGGAAGUGAUGUGCUCGGGGGCCUGUCCGCUCCCGCCGCCGUCGUGUCGAUUCCUGGAUCUGGGAGGAUCCAGAGCAUCGAAGCCCUUUCCCAGAAGCCUGUGCCGGGUCUUCGUUUACCUGACUUCCGGGCCCGCUCGGCUCCUGCCAUGGCCACCCUGGGAAGCCCGGGAGCCGAGAGUGUGGCCUGGGGCCCGCCCGCCGCCUGCGCAGACCCCCCAGUCUCCCAAAUGCUCACCUCCCCAGCCUGUUCAGGCCCCUCCACCUGCUCUCGACCCCAGCCUAUCUUCUCAGCUCCCCCCAGCCUGCUCAGCCCCCCUAUCCUGCUCAGCCCGCUUGGUGGCCGCCAUGCUUCACUGGCCUGCUUGUUGGUCCUGGGACUCCUCAAGGCUGAUACUGCCAGGCCCCAAGACAAGCAACGUGAGCUGAGACUCAAGUCCACCGUGGGCUGCUCGCCUGUCCCCAGCCCCCGGAGUCUGCUCACUGUCCUCCCUGACCACUCCACAUUGAAUCUCUGCCCACCCUCCAUCCCUGUUCUCAGCACCCACUCUCCGGGGCUGCUGGAUGUCCCCAGUGGACAGCGAGAGUCCAAGCUUGGAGGGACUUCUGACCAGGCUGAUGGUGGCGGCACCAGCUGGGGACCCCUGCUGCAGAAGACAGGGCUAGUAACCAAGGCUGCCCUGGUCAUGGGGCUACUGCCCACCUGCCUGGUGGAAAUGCCUCAGCCUUGCCCCAGGAGUGGGGCCCCCAGUCGACCAACAAGCCGGAGGGCCAGCGCCAAGCCCCAGACGUGUGUGUACAGCAUCCGGCAAGUGCUCGCCCACCUGGUGGACGUUGGAGGCAGUCGGCAGGAAGAUGAGUGCUGGUCACCUGUAGCCAGUGAUGGCCUCCGGGCUACCCAGAGGCGGCCUGGACCCACCCCGAAGCCAGCUGUCCUGAGGGGAGCCCCCUGUGAGGCCUGGCUAGACCCCAGCGAGGUGCCAGACACCUCAGCACCAACCUGCAGCUGCCCCAUGUGGUCUGGGGGUGAGGAAUCUAGAACCGGAGGGAACGGCGGCAGCAGUUCUGUGUCGUCUGGACGCCUGUCUGGCUCCUCGGGGGGCCAUGAGUGCACUCCUGCCCCUGGGCUCUGGAAGGAAAGGCCCCCCCAGGUGCUGGGGUCCCCGAAGCAGCCCAGGAAGACUGACCCUCGGCUGGAGCGUCUGCGUGACAAAAUCCGGGCCCAGGCAGCUUGGCAGGCCAGCUGUGGCUCACUGGGCACCUCAGCGCCCUCCAGCGCCUCCCGCCUCUGCAAGGGCUCCAAACUGGCGCCUCGGAAGAAGGUCCGCAAGGUGGCGCGUGCGCCUGUCCCCCAGGCCAGCCCAGACUUCAGCGUCCGGCGUGCUGCUGAGACCCAAGUGGAAGACAAAGCAUCUCCCAGGUGUGAGCCUGCCAGGGCCUCCCAGCGCCCGGCCUCUGAGUCAUUCACCCUCACCAAUGUCCUGAGCACCUGUGGGCUGGACCAGAGCUGGGCGUGGGGACUACAGGAACGAGAGACUGGGUUCCGUUCUGGGGUUCUCGUCCACAGUGCAACACCUGCUGUGAAGGUGGACGUGGGGUGCCCAGUCCUGCUAAAGGUGCCCCUGCUGGUGGUCCUCACCCUGAACAUCAGGAGGACGCCAAGAGAAAAAGCCAAAAGGACCAAAGGUUGUUCUUGUAAAAGAGAGAAGGCGUCCAAAUUUCCCUCACCUCGAAGAGCUCCCAAAGGCAAAGAUUCUGAGUCGGUGGGUGUGUACGCCUGGAGGAGAGGACAAGAUCUGGUGAGGUUACUGCUUGGGCCCCCUCCUGUGCUCCCUGGGCGCCGGAGCCAGGCACCCUCGAGAGAGCCAGCCCCCACCUCGGAAUUAGGAGACAGUAAGAAGGUUCCAACUGCCCCUGCCCAGACGCCCAGCCCAGCCUGCAGUGACCAGUGGGUGUCCGCCAACACACCCAGCUUGGUCUCGUGGGACCAGCCAGUUACCAUCCAGACUGCCAUGGCCAUCCUGCAAGAACUCCGCCAGCAGAUCCAGGCUGGGCUGGACUUGGCCCAACGUCCCCAGUCCAGGCAGAGGUCUAAGCAUAGACCACCCAAGCUGGGCCUGCAGGACCCGACAGAGACGAGGCAGCAGGGUCCUGGGGAAGUUCUGGACACCCCGGGUGCCUUCUUUAAGAGACCCUGGGCCAUGACAGAGGACAAAGAUGGCCACUCCGAGAGGACCUGCAGCUUUCCCAGACAGCAGCCUUGCAGUGCCUCGGCAGGAUUGGGGACCUCCCCAAAGAGGGCUUGGGAUCCCACCUUCCAGAGACCCAGGAGUCACCCUGAGAGGCAGGGGUCCCCACUGCCGAGGCCCUGGAGCACUUCAGCUGGCCAGACCUGUGAAGACUGGGACAGCCCUGCCCGUUGGCCCUGGAGCCCCCUGGAAAGGCCCUGGUGUUCCUCGUUUGCUCAGCCGGUGGGCUCACCGUGUAAAGGAAGCUUCUCUCGAGACUCACCUGGGAAGGAGAGGGCUCAGGAGCUGCCCGCUGGCCAGAGGCCCCGGGGUGUCCCCGGCCCUCCCCACAGCUCCGCGUCCCUGCAGGAGUUCAUGCGACAGAAGGCCCUGGCGCGGCGGCAGCAGAUGCUGGAGGAGAAGGCGGCAGCUGUGCGGGCUCUGGAGCUCCGGGACCACCGGCUGAGGGAGGUGUACCGCAAGCAGAGGGAGGCUGUGCUCGGGAGGCCCACCCCCGUGGUCUCCCUGACCAGGCCCAGCAUCGUGACUUUCGUGCCUCACUCGGCACAGGAUGGGGACCUAGACACCCCGGGAAGCCCAGGGCCCCCUGUGCUGGAAUGGAGUAAGGUGACUUCAGGCUUGAUGCUGGGGGACCAGGAGACCCCAGGCAGCUUCUGCCUGUGUCUGAACAAAGCCUUCAGCGGCCCCCAAACUCGAAAGACAAAGAAUGGCCGCCCCCUGCCGUUGUCUACCAACACUUCCCUGCGUCCCUGGAAACUCCAGGACCUGCCCAUGAAUUGCUCACAGCCACAGCAACUGUGCAUCUACCUGGACCCCAAAGAGGCUGAGGGCUUGGGUGCAGCCCGCCCCCUGCACUAUCAAUACAGACAGGCCCGACUGCAGGCCCUGGAGACCACGGCCAACGCCCUGAAGCAGCGGAUUGACCUGCUGACCGAGAAGCUGCAGAAACCGGAAGCAAUGGACGUGCUUGGGGACCUGACUCCCAGCCCCAAGCCACCUGCCACCACGUUCACUGCCCCAGACUGGCCCAGAGCCUUGGUACCCAGCGGGGAAGCAGGACAAGUUGUCUCUCCCCUCCGUCUAUCGGACCGUGAGGCCUUACCCUUGGACUCAGGCCAGGAGUGGUGGCAGCAUGGGGGGCUGGGGGAACAUGACAAUGUGCACCAAGUUCAUGGUGGUACAGAGGGCUCAGUGCUCACUGGGCUCACGGGGCACAGGCCUUCUUCUGAGCUGGAGCCAAGGCUAGCGAGUGCUGCGGGCACCUUCCACCCCGUGAGCACCCUGGAAGGCAGCUCACACCAGGUGCCCGCCACGCUGGACCCCCCCUGCGGCUCCCUGCGGCUGGAGGAGGUGCUGGCAGCCAGGAAGGAUGGUGUGGGGAGGCCCCGGAGCACUGGCAUCUGCGCUUCAGAACUCACCGAGCCUUGUCGCUGCUUUGCUAGCAUGGACUUAGAGCUUGUGUCCAGACAUCUGUGUCCCCCAGACCGUGAGGACCCUGAGGGGAGAGACCUGGAAGAGUACCUGAUAGGUGGACAGCAGCCCGAUGGGCCACUUCUGGGGAACUUGCAGAAUGGCCUCCUUGCCAACAUCCGGCAGAAGUCCUGGAGCUUUCUGGAGUCACUGAAGCUGGACCAGUGGAAGCAGGCCUGGGAACUGACCCUUCUGCGACAACGGGUGGAGCGCGAGGUCAUUGAGACACAGACGGCCCUGGACGGACUAUUCCUCCGGCCCCAACUCCAGCACCUGGCAGAGACACAUUCCACCCAGGGUAGGCCAAAAACAGCCUCGGAGCUGGAGCAGCCACCAGUCCAUGUGGACCCAGAACUGCAGUGGGCUUCUGCAGGGCCUGAGCAGGAGGCUGGGGGGCCCAACAGAGCCCCCUCCCAGCAGCCCCCAGCCAGGCUGGACCCUUGGGACUCAUGGAGGAUGCCAGAUGUCACCGACCAGGUACAGGGGAGACCCCCUGGGGCCAGCCUGGGGUCCAGGUUGUGGGAGAGGUCCCCUGGGGCCCAGCACCAGGACCAGGUGCCCAGCCUGAAGUCAACCCUCAGUUGGGAGGAGUACCCCGUGGAAAAGCGGGCAGCAGACUGGAGAGCUUCCCGGAGGAGGCGGCUCUCCUCUAGGUUCCCGGCGGUGACCAGCAGCCGCCCCUUCCGCCAGGGCUUCAGCCUGCAGAUGCUAGAGCAGAGCCUACGGGAGGAGGAGCUGCGCGCGCAGCACCAGACUGCCCUGCUGCGCCUGCGUGAAAAGGCACUUGAGGAGAAGACGCUUGCUGAGCUGGCCGGGCUGGAGCAUCUGCGCGGGUGUCUGGAGGGCAAGAGGGAUGCAGCAGUUCUGGCUGCUCUGAAGGAACAGGAGCAGCGGAUCCUGGGUGACCUUCAGCGGGAGCAGAGGGAGAUCCGGUACCUGCGGAGUCUACACCUGUCAACACACCGGGAGCGUCGGCUGCUCCUUCAGCACCAACGAGACCUGGCCUCCAUGCGACACUGCACGGCCCGCCUGCAGAGGGAGCUGUGGGCCGGGACCACACCACCCCAGCUGUUGACCUCGGAGCAGAGUUCAUGCGAGCUGGGUGACGGGCCAGGCCUCUGUCCUCUGAGUGGCCUGAGAGCAGCCCGAAGCCAGAGGGGAAUGCACCGGCCUCCUCACUCCCGACACCAAGCAGGCCCUGCAGCCCCUCCAGCCUGCACCCCCCGAGGAGCCCACUGA